AUGGCUGAACCUGAAUGUGUUUUUUGUGGAUGCAAAGAAAUUACAAGUCUUGCUAAGCCAAAAGAUUAUAAUUUUUGGCUUUGUAACGCUAAAAAAGGCCUAACAGCAAGUCACUUAGUUCAAUUCCUCAAAAAAUCAGAUUGCAAAGAAAUUGAAUUACAUCCUGGCAAUCCAUUUCACGGAAUUGAAUUCAAAUGCGCUGUUUGUGGUCAAACAAACAUCUUCGAUCUCGGAAUAUUAAUCACACAGACAAACCAAAUUAUUGUAUGCUCAAGUCAAUGUCAGCAUGAUGCUCAGUUUAAGGGAAAGACAAUUCAAUUCAUUCCAAUUAUCUCGAAUUCAUGCGUUGAAGAGCAAAUUUUACCAUUUCCUGAAAAUUGUCCAAAUGAAGUUACGCCGGCAUCAGUAUCCGACAAGAUUAGACAACUUACAGGCGUAGGCGUAGUAGAUGCUAACAAACAAAAGCUUCCUGAAGGAAAAUAUCAAUAUGAAAGUGUUGAAGAAUAUACAACCACAUUUAAUGCGUUCAUACAAGCAGAGAUGAAGGCAGACUACUUCAGAGCGCACAAUACAUCAACUUCUAUCUCAAAUAUCAAAUGGGAAAAUAAAAGGAAGUUUUCUUUCCCAGCCAAGCGAUCAAUGAAAAGGAAAUUCACUCCUACGAUGAGUUACUUCAUUUCCAAGAACAACAAAAACAAAGAUGAAACAGAAGUUGCUUUCUUCAACAAAUUCAACGACAAAGAAGGUACAUGUUCGCUCUGCCUCAAAGGAGAUUCGAAGUUUUACGGCGCUAACUCAUUAAAAGUCCAAAGAGUUCAAAAUUCGAUCACAUUUCAACGCCAACUCAAAUCUCUUGACUACAUGAAGAACGGACUCGAAGAGUUUUGGGUAAAUUUGUUCCUUGGCAAGUUCGAUAAGAAACAAUUCCAAGCCAAAAACGGAAUUAAGAAGAUUCCUCUUUCAAAAGACAUAAAAGUCACAAAACAAUCGUCCGGCCUCAAUUUUAUUGUCAGAGACAAAAACACUGUCAUUGAAUUGAACCGUUCCCAAGGAAAAGCCGUUGAAGCCGCAUUAUCUCAACGAUUUACUUACAUCCAGGGGCCACCAGGUACAGGAAAGACCACAUCCAUCACAGCCAUCGUCAAAUCAUUCGUUGAUGGUGGAAUUUUCCCAGUAUUAAUCGUUGGCCACUCAAAUGUAACGGCUGACUUCGGUUGCCUUGCUUUAUCGAACAUCGGACUUAAAGUAGGUCGUGUUCUUUCACUCGAAAUCGAAGACGCGAUUCAAGCAGCCAAAUUGAAUGAAAUUGAUUCGGAAUACAAUUUCAUUAUCCCUGGCUACGAGAGAUCCAAGUUCUCUACAUUCCAAAAAGCCAAGAAGCAGUACAUCGAGAAGUACGGAACAGAGCCAGAUCUGGCAUCUUCCAAAUCUUAUCGUAAAUUCAAGAAGAUCGAGCAGAGAAUAAUUGCCGAUUGUCAAGUAAUUUGCGUUACAUCUUCAACAAGCGGUUCUGUAAGAGUUGAAGGCAAUUUCAGAGCAAUUAUUUUCGAUGAAGCCGGCCAAUGCCUUGAUCCUGACUUUUUAAUCUCAAUGAAGCAUAAUCCGGAACGUCUCGUGCUUGUUGGCGAUACUUUCCAGCUCGGACCGACAAUUCAGAACAAUGCAGUCCGAAAUGCAGGUUUCGGUGUCAAUUUAAUGAAGAAACUUGUCAAACUUGGCCUUAUUCCUAACAUUCUUACCUACCAGUAUAGAAUGCACCCUUCCAUUCUCGAGUUUCCAUCAAAAACUUUUUACAAAAAUUUGGUAAAAAGUGGCAUUUCGGCCGAACAAAGGAUCUACAAGUUCUCGAAGCCUAAUUUCAAGUUCCCCAACCCCCAGAUACCACUAAUGUUUUGGGAUGUCGAAGGAAAAGAACAAUCAGACGGAGAUGGAAAAUCUUACUGGUGUUUGUCACAAUGCAACGCUGUUUCGCAAGUCCUCGAUGCUCUAUUUAAUUCAGGAGUACCAGCAAACUCAAUCGGAAUCAUUACUCCUUACAAUGGACAAAAUGAUUAUUUAAUGGACAACUUAGACUACAUUUGCGAGUCCUGCAGCGCGGAAUACAUCAAGAAUGUCGAGAUUGCUACAGUCGAUGGCUUCCAAGGAAGAGAAAAAGACUUCAUUAUUUUCAAUUUGGUCAGAUCCAACGAGAACUACCAAAUUGGCUUCUUGUCUGAUAUCGAGAGACUCAAUGUGUCAAUAACAAGAGCUAAAUACGGCCUCAUUGUCAUUGGACACUCAAGAACUUUCUCAAAGACGAAAUUGUUCUGUGACUGGUUCAAUUUCUUCAUUGAAAAUAAUUGUUUCAUGGCCGGAGGAGACUUCAAGAGCCUUCAAAAGGGAACUUUUGUUCCAAAUUUGGAUAAAGAUCCAAAGGAGGCUCCUGAAGAAGGAAUCUUUGUAUAA